AUGGCACGCAAGCUCACAUUUUUCGUGGCUUCAAAAGUGGAUAGUAUCGCCACAGCGAGAGCACUUCUAUUACAAACGCCAAUGGUGACUACAGAGUUUCUGGGAAAGCUAGAUCCUGAAAAACUGGAGCAUAACUUCGAUAAAAAUAUGCCCCGGAUGUCUGAUUUUGUUCCAGACGAACAGUAUAUGCCAGACGAGAAAAGGAGACGGCUAUUCGAAAACGUGCGGGUGAUAGUUAAAACAGAGUCACUUCAUCUUUCAUUGUCCCAUGUUCUGGAAGGGUUAAAUGCUGAAAUUAUUAAUUACGAGGAUGGCAUGAACCUGGAAAAUGCGAUACUAGUUUCGUCGAAUCCUCUUGACGGUUUUGCUGAUCUUCAAAUGUUGAUACAAGCGAUCAAGAACGUGGAUUUGGACUAUGUACAACCUCGGGCUCGUCCCACCAGGAGGAGGAUAAUGGCAGAGUAUACUGUGCAAGAUACGCUGGAUGUGAUGUUUGGUGGUGAAGUUGCUGACACAAAAAAAGUACAGGUACCGUCCUCUCAACCGGUAUUCGACUCUAACGAGUCCGUGCCAGCUUCGAAUGAUAAGGGUGAAGCUGAUUCCGAAGUUCUGCAGCAAGAAGAGGCAGUGUCCUCAGAAAAAAAAGUACUCACCGCACAGGCCACAUCGCUCAAACACAAACACAACAUAGCCGAAGCUAUACGAAUGACCAAACAGAUAAGAAAAGAGAGCCAGCAGAAGGACUCACAAAUUCUGACAGGGCCAGAUUCUUUGGAGGAGCCCAAGAUCUCUGUUACGGUUGAGCCCGCAAUUCUGAUCAGACCGCAAAAGGUUUCAGAUGGCCAUCAAGAUAGGGUAUCUCACAAUGGAAAUGUGAAAAACUUCAAAAGGUUCCGUAAAACCGGAAAGAAAUGCACGGGAGGCCAGUGGGAUGGCUCGCGAGUGUUCCUGAAUCUUGUGGAAUUCAAUGUGAACCCAAACUCCAUAUCCACGAAAGACAAAGAGUUUCUGGAGGGGUUUGCAGAAUCAUUCAACGAAUCGAUACAAGACUUGGAUAAACAGAUGCAACCGCAAAAAAGUCUCCAUACCAAAAGACGGCCACAGCAGGCGGCCGUUUUGAUUGGCAAAAAGCCAAGGAGUGCGACACCUCUUUUUGUAGAGGAGGAUGAUGAUAUCGAAACCAACUCUGUUGCUGGAAUUUCACCCGGAAUGAGUAUUAAUGAUAACGACGACGACCAUACCCCGAAAUUUCGGUUCAGCAGAGGCUAA